AGUGACGCACCAUCAAGAUGGCGGCGGGGCUGCGGAAACGCGGCCGGGCCGGGGCCGCGGCUCAGACGGCGGGGCUGUGCGGGCCAUGGCUGCAACGCGUCUGGCAAGAGCGGCGCCUGCUGCUGCGGGAGCCGCGCUACACGCUGCUGGUGGCCGCCUGCCUCUGCCUGGCGGAGGUGGGCAUCACCUUCUGGGUCAUUCACAGGGUGGCAUACACAGAGAUUGACUGGAAGGCCUACAUGUCUCAGGUAGAGGGCGUCCUCAAUGGCACCUAUGACUAUACCCAGCUGCAGGGGGACACCGGACCUCUUGUGUACCCAGCUGGCUUCGUGUACGUCUUCAUGGGGCUGUACUAUGCCACUGGCCGGGGCACUGACAUCCGCAUGGCACAGAACAUCUUCGCUGUGCUCUACCUGGUCACCUUGCUGCUGGUCUUCUUGAUCUACCACCAGACCUGCAAAGUACCUCCCUUUGUCUUUUUCUUCAUGUGCUGUGCCUCUUACCGUGUCCACUCCAUCUUCAUGCUGCGUCUCUUCAAUGACCCAGUGGCCAUGGCAUUGCUCUUCCUCAGCAUCAACCUCAUCCUGGCCCGGCGCUGGGGAUGGGGCUGCUGCUUUUUCAGCCUGGCAGUCUCUGUGAAGAUGAACAUACUGCUCUUCGCCCCGGGGUUACUGUUCCUUCUCCUCACCCAGUUUGGCUUCCGUGGGGCCCUCCCCAAGCUGGGCAUCUGUGCUGGCCUUCAGGUGGUGCUGGGGCUGCCCUUCCUACUGAAGAAUCCCCUCGGUUACCUGUCCCGUUCCUUCGACCUGGGCCGCCAGUUUCUCUUCCGUUGGACAGUGAAUUGGCGCUUCCUCCCUGAGGCCCUCUUCCUGCAUCGGGCCUUCCACCUUGCCCUGUUGGCUGCCCACCUCACCCUGCUUUUGCUGUUUGCUCUCUGCAAAUGGCACAGGUCAGGGGAGAGCAUCCUGUCACUGCUGAAGGAUCCCUCUAAAAGGAAGGUUCCGCCCCAACCCCUCUCCCCCAAUCAGAUCGUUUCUGUCCUCUUCACCUCCAACUUCAUUGGCAUCUGCUUCAGCCGCUCCCUCCACUACCAGUUCUAUGUCUGGUAUUUCCACACACUGCCCUACCUCCUGUGGGCUGCGCCUGCACGCUGGCUCACACACCUGCUCAGGUUGUUGGUGCUGGGGCUCAUCGAGCUCUGCUGGAACACAUACCCAUCCACAUCCUGCAGCUCUGCUGCCCUGCACGUGUGCCAUGCGGUCAUCCUGCUGCAGCUCUGGCUGGGCCCACAGCCCUUUCCCGAGAGCAUCCAGCGUGACAAGAAAGCCCACUGAAGCCCACCUACUCCCUUCAGCUCCAUUCUCAGGACCCUGGGUGGGGUGGACUCUGUGCCCUGGGGAAUAAACCUUGCCAAGUCCACCUCUCUGCAGAGGAAGCUGGUGCCUGGACAAAGCUGUGCAUGUGCAGGGCAGAUGAAGAACUCACU